AACAGCUAGCUAGUUUAAAUGAUUAUCUUAAAAGUCCAUAGAAAUCGCUGUUAUUUAUUACGGCUGUUAGCACAAUCACCGACAAGUGGAAGUGAUGAGACCUGUAUUCCAGGUUUGGUCAGGUGACGUUCUAUAUAUACGUAGCCUACCCUAUUAUCAUUCUAGUACAUGGACUCUAGCUGGUUCCAUACAAUUAUAAAUGAAGGCAUAAUGUAAUGUCUGCUUUACAUGUGACCCAGACGUUUGACCAAAAUACUGCCCAACAGAUCUGCCCUUGAUAUCAGUUUCAUGCAUACAGCAAGUAGGCUAAAUGGAGAUCUGGCUACAUCCAAGUGAAUACGACAGAUGCUAGAGUUCACUCACCCUUUAAGUUAAAAUGGGACAGGAAUAUCUUGCUCUUACAAAAUUUCACAUUAAAAGUGUAAAAAUAAGAUGCAAUAAAUAUAAAUUAAUAUGAACUAAAUCUACAUUGCUGUUUGAUGCUGCUUUCUAAAGACUAGGAAGAAAUUAUAAUAUUUAGGCCAUUAUUUUAUUCUCUUGGCAUCACUAACUUUUAAAAGUAAGAAAUGAAUACAAAUCUGCAUAUGGCUGUGUGAAAUAAAUUAUUUGGGAAUACUUUAAUUUGCAAUAGUUAGUGUUGUUUCUUUAUCACCACUUUGUCUUAUUUUACUAUCUGAGGGUUAUCAGGCACUUUUUUGUUAGUCAGUUUUAGGACAAUAUUAAUUGUGCUAAACGGAUAGACUAGACAUAACGUACUCUGGCGAAUGUUAUAUAUUAUAAUCAUAGACUGUAGAUUAUAACAUGGUUAACAAAUUUAACAUCCUUGAAACAAGUGAACGCCCCUAGUGUGCGGGGGCUCCCACGACAACAAAACGGCUAUUCCUCCAAUCAAACACCUCGACACGGCGAUCCGUGUGUGAUGCUGGAUGCUGCUGACACACAAUACUCGCUGAUGACAGAGGAUCUGUUGUCCGGUUAUAGCACACAAAAAGGCCUUUUCACCGUACGGUUAAAGGCAAAUCGUAUGCUAAUACGGUGCAAAGUAAGUCGACACCAUGUUCUCUAACAAAAGAAUGCAAUCCUCAACGUUUGUUUAGGUGUAGACGUCACAACGCGCACUCAAACGCAACCUGACGCGCUCCUUUCACGUAAGCUCGCGGAUAUUUAGAGGAAUGAAGACUGAAGGCAUGAAACUGACCGGAGUCCACAGCGUUCCUUGGGACGGUGAGAGGCUUACAGAGGGGAGUUAAAGAAUGCAAGGUAAGGGCCUUUGUCCUCGAUCUCUGAUGCUCCUCUUUUGUCUCAACGAGUGCGUGCAUUGUGUAUUUUGGUUGUUUUAUGCAUAGACCAUAUAACCCAGUAUUACGGAAUGUUAUUUAUUUUAUUCAUGCAUUAAAAGAUGUCAUAACUUAAAAUUCCGUGCCGUAUUCUGUCUAUUAUUUGGAAAAUCCAGUUUAGACUGGGAUUUGUUGGGUCUCUGCAGGAUUUCCUUAGAGCAAACAUUAGAUUUGAACACUUUCGUUAAAUUAAACGUUUAGGCCUAACAGUAAUAACAGAGAGUUAUUUAGGAUAUUUGUAGAAGCGUUUCAUUCAUCAUACAAAGAAGAGACUCUGCAGUCAACAUAAAUGUUACUUGUCAAUUUCAUAAAAUUGACAGUUUUAAACAGCAGCAAUGUGACUGGUCUGGGAGCAGCAGGUGCCUAAUUCUUGGAAAUGAGGCCUCACAUUGAUCAAUGUUGGUGGGAUCCCUCAAUUGUCACCAUGAAAGCGGGGAAUUCAAGAUGUGCUUUCUCCCUGGGCUUCCUGGUGGGCAGCUGCACCUUGUAUAUCUUCUUGAGACAGGUGUGGUUUGAGGAGAGCUACAGCUGGAAGCAUGAUGGCAAGAGCAACCCUGCUCCACUGGGGCCUGAACAAAACACUCCCAACCUUACCUGGAGAGUGGAAGGAACUGCCCUGAUCAACCUCAAACACCCUCACCAGCCAGGAGAGGAUGGUCACAUCGCAGAUGAGCUGUUUAAGAAAGUGCGUAUCCUGUGCUGGGUGAUGACAGGGCCUAGUAAUCUGCAGUCAAAGGCUCGGCAUGUGAAGGCAACGUGGAGUCGUCACUGUAAUGUAGUGCUGUUCAUGAGCUCUGAGGAAGACCGCAGCUUCCCCACGGUGGGUCUUGGCACAGGAGAAGGCCGUGACCAGCUGUACUGGAAGACUAUUCGUGCCUUCCACUACGCUCUGAAAAACCAUGGCGAUGAAGCAGACUGGUUCCUCAAGUCGGACGAUGACACAUUCGUCGUUGUGGACAACUUGCGCUGGAUCUUGUCGAACUACACGGCACAGCAGCCCAUAUACUUUGGAAAGAGAUUCAAGCCGUACGUCAAGCAGGGCUACAUGAGCGGUGGUGCAGGUUAUGUGCUCAGCAAAGAGGCCCUGAGAAGGUUUGUGGAGGGUUUUAGCACUAAAGUGUGCACUCAUACCACCUCAGUGGAGGAUCUAGCGAUGGGUCAGUGUCUGGAGAAAAUGGGGGUGGUAGCAGGGGACUCCAGGGACACACUGCACCGUGAAACGUUCCAUCCUUUCAUUCCUGAACACCAUCUUACAGGAAAGUUCUCCAAAACAUUCUGGUACUGGAACUACUGCUUCUACCCAAUUGUAGAAGGCCCACAGUGCUGCUCUGACCUAGCUGUGUCUUUCCACUAUGUAGACCCUGUGCUAAUGUACACUCUUGAGUACUACACUUACCGUCUCAGGCCCUAUGGCUACCAACACCGCUACCAGCCUCCAGUGCCUGCUGUGUCUUUAGCUUCACACACUGGGAAACCCACCACGGAAGCUCAGAGAUUAGAGGAGCGUGUUAAAGAAAAAUCAGUUCCAACAUACACCAUGAAUCCCAGAGCUGAGAAAGUUAAGACUACUGGAACAACAAGUCACAAGUUCACAAAUGCUGCCCAGGGGAGAAACAUAACCGACAGAAGCACUGCAUGAUUGUGAAUAUGAUUGUAUUUUCUUGUGUAAAUCCAAAAUGAACGCAUGUAGCACUGACAGAUGUGAACUAUGAACUUGUGUAGGAUUUUUAAUCAUCCAGACUGUGUACUGUGCAAAUGGAGUGGUGAAGUGGUUACAGAAGUUCAAACUUUAACAAAGAACAAAUUUUGUCAUUAUUGCUGUUGAUCAAGUAACUUGACUGGUUGUGCCAGUUAUAAAAAGUGUUUACUACUCAACGGAUUAUUAAUAUGGUCCCUGCUAUUUCAAUAAACUAUUUUCCUGCCUUCUA